AAGGUUUUUUAUUUCAACCCUAACAAAGCACGCACCUCCUUCAACAGCUAGAGAUCUCGUCGAGCUGCUGAUAAGUAGAGUCAGGUGAGCCAAAUUACAUGAAAUGAAAACCUACAGGAUGGUCAGGCGGCCUUGCUCUAAACCAGGGCCCACAAAUACAGAGGACAUUGCUCUCGGACAGAACACACCUGUAUAACAGUCGAUGCCAACCAGCAAGUGUUCAUUUAAUUUUUCAAGGAAACCACUGAAAAGCACUUCGGAUUCCGAACCCCUCUUCUUCACAGUUGUGCUGACUGCUUGGAAUUACCCAGUACGUCUGUGUUCUUUCACUACAGUCUGAAAGACAUAGAAGUUCCAGGUGUUUUAAAAAAAUCAGGCAAGAUAGUUAAAACCAGUGGUUGCCCUUUCGGCUAAUUCUAAAAAUGACACAUCAAUUUCUUGAUCUUUCUCCAGGGUGUUAAAAUGUUCAAAAACAUUUUAAACAUCUCUGAUUUUGUUUUAAAAUGUCAGUUUGGGGCCUGAUCACAUGACCAGGUGUCUUUCUCGUUCGCCUGGUCUCAGAAAUUGUCCUGGCUCUCACCCCAAAACUCGUUUGCAUUCCUCUCUACAUCCCUCACAGGGGCGGGGAGGGAAGGAAUCCGGCGCGUCUAGAAUUUCCCCAACCCCCCCUAAACUCACACGCACACGCCCCCGCAACCCCACGCCUCCCCGGGAAAACCGGUUUCAUUCCUGAAAGGAACAGAGGCCAACUCCCCCUUCCAAGCGAAGCCUCAGUACGCAGAGCUGCAGCGGGGAGAGAGACUCGCUUCCUGGACGCUGCGCUCGCUUCCUGGACGCUGCGUUUGCUUCGGCCGAUUCGAUGGUCGCCGGGCAGGGGGAGACGUGAGUUGCCGUGGCGAUGGUUUCCGGGGGCAGGCAGGCCCUGGGGUUCGCGUUGGCGGGCGUGGGGUCGGCCGGGGUGGCGCUGAUCUGCGGGCUGCCCAUGUGGAAGGUCACCGCGUUCAUCAGCUCCAACAUCGUGACGGCGCAGGUAUUCUGGGAAGGCCUGUGGAUGAACUGCGUGUUCCAGAGCACGGGCCAGCUGCAGUGCAAGGCCUACGACUCGCUGCUGGCCCUGCCGCGGGACCUGCAGGCCGCGCGCGCCCUGGUGGUGGUCUCCAUCGCCGUGGCGGUGGCGGCGGCCCUGCUGGGCGUGGCCGGGGCCAGCUGCACCAACUUCCUGCGGCGGGACGCGACGGCCAAGGCCCGGGUGGCCAUCGGGAGCGGCGUGGCCUUCAUCGCGGCUGGCGUCCUCUGCCUCGUGCCCGUCUGCUGGACCACCUCCACGCUGGUGACCGGGUUCUACAACCCGCUGGUGUCCACCGGCCAGAAGGGGGAGCUGGGCGCCGCCCUCUACGUGGGCUAUAUGGCCGGGGCGCUGCUGGUUUUGGGCGGGGCCAUCCUGACCAGCAGCUGCCCCCGUGACCCCGCCCCCACCCCCACCCCCGUCCCGAUACGCCAGUUUGUGUGGGGGUCCCACGUCUCCUACGUGCACCGACCUCCAGAUCCCAGGUGGAGCAGGAGACCUCGAUGAACCGGAGAAGAAGAAGCCCCAACAGAAACCAGAAGGUUGUUUAAGAACCGUCCACAGCAGUCUGUAGCCUGUCUGUCUGUCUGUAGCCAGUCAGUACCCUGUCUUUCUGUUUGUCCGUCUGUCUGUAGCCUGUCUGUCUGUCUAUCCGUCCGUCUGUAACCUGUCUGCUUGUUUGUCUGUCUGUAGCCUGUCUGUCUGUCUACGACCCACUAUUAAUUUCUCUGCAGUGUGAAUAUACUGUACUUGGGGAUGGGCAGUAAUUAAAAUACUCAAAUAUGUGCAUUUGAAAUGUGUGCAUUUCAUGCAUAACAUGGGUUGCUCGUCCAUACUGCAUUCUGUAACACUGUGUCUUCUGUAGAAUUUAUUUUGCUAAACAGAAACAGAAUUCAGUACAGAGGCUAUUAGUGAGUAUUAUUGCCCAUCCCUGACUGUAUUGUAGGAAAUGUCUUAUUUUUCUAAUUAAGUUGAAUAGUUCAGUUCAGUUGAAAUGUGAUCAACCAACAUGUUUUGCAUAUGAUCAAACAACAUGUUGAAAAAUGUAUCAAAAUAUAAGCAUAUAAGCAAAAUAUAAGCAUAAGCCUUGCACUAGAAAAAAAUUAUUUUUGAUAGAUUUUUAUAGAGAUUUUGUGUUCCCAUAUUCAUUUUGUUGUAAUAAAUGUGAGAGAAAAAAAAA